GAGCCCUGGUGGCCCGGCUUGGAGCAGGACCUGGAGUGGCAGCUACACUCCCCACCUGAGGACCCCAGGUCAUGUGCGAGGCCCUGUGGUGGGAGUGAGGGAGAGCCUGACCCUGAGAGGCCCAUGGGGCCCCCCAAGCCUGCACUCUGGGCACUCCUGCUGGUGCUGCUGGGGACCACACAGGGCCGGGCCGGGCUCCGCACCUGCAGUGUCCCCGACGUGCUCCGCCACUACCGGGCGGUCAUCUUCCAAGACCUGCAGGCCGCAGCGAGGUGGGUGGGGCCAGGGGCCGAAGGGACGGGGCUGGGCUCCAGACACCUCCAUUUCGUUCAGAGAAACCUGACUGGAGCUGCGGCCUCCCGACGGCGGGGCCGGGUGGGAGCCUCCUGUGGGGCCCAGAAGGAGCACAGCAUCCUACUGUCCAUCCUGUCCCUGGGUCGGACCCUACGUGGGGCGGUGGCCCGGGGCCGCCGUCGGGCACUGGAGAAAGUGGCAUGGACUGUGGCCAUGCGCACCGAGGCGGUGAUGCAGCGCUACUGCUGGACGCUGCGCCAGAGCUGGCGGCCUCAGACGCGCCCUUCCCGGCGUCGAGGCGGCCGGAGGUGGCUCCUGCUACACGCCCUGGACGCCAUCGCCACCUGCUGGGAGAAGCUCUUCGCACUGCGUGCAGCGGCCACGCAGCAGGGUGAAGAACGAGCGAGGCUGAGAACGAGCCUGACGGGGGCACAACCAACGCAUCGAAGCCUGUGCUCCCCACAGAGCCCAUGACCAGGAGACCCGAUCCCACCUGGCCAUGCUGGUCCCAGAAGGGCCCGCCCCCCUCGCCCCAAGGAGGCUCCGAUAAAUUGAGCUGGUGCUGC